AUGGCCGCCCAAGUCCCAAAGCCAGCCCCAGAAUUCACAUUCACCACAGACCCGUUGGUAUCGUCCUUCACGGUCCCGUACGAGAAAUAUAUCGCCAACCAGGCCACACGCUCAGGGAUCCCAGAUUACGAAUACGUCGCCGUGGGGGCUCUUGUCUUUUGUCACUUCCCCACCCCGACCGACACCGUCGGCACAGUCGACACAAUAGUCGACACUCACACCGCCGCCGCCGACCACCACAGCAACGGAACCCAGUCCCUCCGCGUCCUCCUCGUCCAGCGCGCCGCGCACGACUCGGCCCCCCUGCGCUGGGAAGCUCCCGGCGGGGCAUGCGACCCGGAGGAUGCGAGCAUUCUGCAUGCUGUCGCGCGCGAGUUAUGGGAAGAGGCCGGGCUGGUGGCGAGACGCAUCGGGCCCCUCGUCGCGCCGGGCCACGUCUUUGUCACGCGCGGCGGGAAGAGGGUGUGUAAAUUUGAGUUUUUGGUCGACGUUGUCGGCGACCGUGUCAACGACGUCGAAGACGACGACGGGCGGCGAAAGGACCGGGGAAAGGACGGAGAUGGAAAAGGGGGUGGGAUUGCUCCUAGAAUACCACAGGUAAAGCUAGAUCCGAACGAGCAUGUCGACUACGUGUGGGCCACAGAGGAAGAGUGUCGCGAGGGCAGGACGAUAGCGGGAAAUAUAGAGCUGGCGUUUACAACACGGCAGCAAAAGGCGACUUUGCUUGAAGCGUUCAAGGUCUGGCGUGAAUUGGAUGGGAUGAAUUAA